AUGUUAACUAGUAAUUAUAAACAAGGGGUUUUAAUAUUAGUCCUUUUUUUAUUACAAUGGUCAAAAAACAUUUAUGUCCAAGCAGCGGUUGAUUCCAAUGGUGGUUGUAAUCCGAUUUCAAAACCUAGUAAUGGGUUUAAGGUGAGAUGGUUUCCCUAUAAUAUUUACGAUACAACAACUUAUACAAGUAGAGAAUAUAUGGCAUAUGGCUAUUAUCAAAAUUCAAAACCUUAUCACGAGCAAAAUGGUAUUACCUCCGUCAUAAUUCAGUCAGGAUUUCCUUGUCAAUAUAAUGAAAAUGAUCCAUCUCAGUACUACCUCUGUAACGGUGAACCUGAUCAACAAGGAACAAAUUGGCAUUGUCCAUAUCAAUAUGGACAUGAUGCUACACUUUGUUAUAAUGAUAACCAACUUCCUUACACUUUACCAGUAAUUUUUGAUUACAAUACAACAUUCACUAAUUUUACAAUGGAACUUACUGGUUACUUUUUAGCACCACAAACUGGUUCUUACACCUUUACAUUAGGAUAUGUUGAUGAUUCUGCUGGCUUGUUGUUCGGCGAAAAUGCAUUUGGAUGUUGUCAGCAAAAUGAUAUUACUGCAUCAACAACUAAUUUUUUGGUGGAUGCAAUUAAAAAUUGGCAUGUGGGAAUACAAAAUUAUGCUGUGGCUAAAAUAACAAUGAACGCUGGGUCAUACUAUCCAAUAAGAAUUGUAUUUUCAAACGCAAUUACUAAAGCAAGUUUGUUUUUUACAAUAAGUUUGCCCGAUGGAACUCUUCUUGAUGAUAUGACCAAUUAUAUAUUUACCUUUGAUGAAGAAGAGUCAUAUUGUCCAGCUGCUGAAGAUGUUACCACCACAUACACACCAUGGACUGGCACAUAUACAUCUACUAUUGGUACUAGUUUAACCACCAGUAUUGGAUCAGAUGGUAUUCCAACAACCUCUACUAUCUACACAGUUGAGACUCCAGAAGUUGAAGGUACUACUACUACUUACACACCAUGGACCGGUACAUACACAUCUACUAUUGGUACCAGUGUUACCACCAGUGUUGGUGCAGAUGGUAUUACAACCACUUCCACCAUCUACACAGUUGAGACUCCAGAAGUUGAAGGUACUACUACUACUUACACACCAUGGACCGGUACAUACACAUCUACUAUUGGUACUAAUGUUACCACCAGUGUUGGUGCAGAUGGUAUUACAACCACCUCUACUAUCUACACAGUUGAGACUCCAGAAGUUGAAGGUACUACUACCACUUACACACCAUGGACCGGUACAUACACAUCCACUAUUGGUACCAGUGUUACCACCAGUGUUGGUUCAGAUGGUAUUCCAACUACCUCCACUAUCUACACAGUUGAGACUCCAGAAGUUGAAGGUACUACUACUACCUACACACCAUGGACCGGUACAUACACUUCCACUAUUGGUACCAGUGUUACCACCAGUGUUGGUUCAGAUGGUAUUCCAACUACUUCCACCAUCUACACAGUUGAGACUCCAGAAGUUGAAGGUACUACUACCACUUACACACCAUGGACCGGUACAUACACUUCCACUAUUGGUACCAGUGUUACCACCAGUGUUGGUUCAGAUGGUAUUCCAACAACCUCUACUAUCUACACAGUUGAGACUCCAGAAGUUGAAGGUACUACUACCACUUACACACCAUGGACCGGUACAUACACUUCCACUAUUGGUACCAGUGUUACCACCAGUGUUGGUUCAGAUGGUAUUCCAACUACUUCCACCAUCUACACAGUUGAGACUCCAGAAGUUGAAGGUACUACUACCACUUACACACCAUGGACCGGUACAUACACAUCUACUAUUGGUACCAGUGUUACCACCAGUGUUGGUGCAGAUGGUAUUACAACCACCUCUACUAUCUACACAGUUGAGACUCCAGAAGUUGAAGGUACUACUACCACUUACACACCAUGGACUGGUACAUACACUUCCACUAUUGGUACCAGUGUUACCACCAGUGUUGGAUCAGAUGGUAUUCCAACUACUUCCACCAUCUACACAGUUGAGACUCCAGAAGUUGAAGGUACUACUACCACUUACACACCAUGGACCGGUACAUACACUUCCACUAUUGGUACCAGUGUUACCACCAGUGUUGGUGCAGAUGGUAUUACAACCACCUCUACUAUCUACACAGUUGAGACUCCAGAAGUUGAAGGUACUACUACUACCUACACACCAUGGACCGGUACAUACACUUCCACUAUUGGCACUACUGUAGUUACAACUACUGGUACUGAUGGCAAACCAACCACAUCUACCACCUACACAGUUGAGACUCCAGAAACCAACGGUGUUACAACUACGUACACACCAUGGACUGGUACAUACACUUCCACUAUUGGCACUACUGUAGUUACUACUACUGGUACUGAUGGCAAACCAACCACCUCUACCACCUACACAGUUGAGACUCCAGAAACCAACGGUGUCACAACUACCUAUACUCCAUGGACUGGUACAAUUACUUCCACUAUUGGCACUACUGUAGUUACAACUACUGGUACUGAUGGCAAACCAACCACCUCUACCACCUACACAGUUGAGACUCCAGAAACCAACGGUGUUACAACUACGUACACACCAUGGACUGGUACAUACACUUCCACUAUUGGUACCAGUGUUACCACCAGUGUUGGAUCAGAUGGUAUUCCAACUACUUCCACCAUCUACACAGUUGAGACUCCAGAAGUUGAAGGUACUACUACCACUUACACACCAUGGACCGGUACAUACACUUCCACUAUUGGUACCAGUGUUACCACCAGUGUUGGUGCAGAUGGUAUUACAACCACCUCUACUAUCUACACAGUUGAGACUCCAGAAGUUGAAGGUACUACUACUACCUACACACCAUGGACCGGUACAUACACUUCCACUAUUGGCACUACUGUAGUUACAACUACUGGUACUGAUGGCAAACCAACCACAUCUACCACCUACACAGUUGAGACUCCAGAAACCAACGGUGUUACAACUACGUACACACCAUGGACUGGUACAUACACUUCCACUAUUGGCACUACUGUAGUUACUACUACUGGUACUGAUGGCAAACCAACCACCUCUACCACCUACACAGUUGAGACUCCAGAAACCAACGGUGUCACAACUACCUAUACUCCAUGGACUGGUACAAUUACUUCCACUAUUGGCACUACUGUAGUUACAACUACUGGUACUGAUGGCAAACCAACCACCUCUACCACCUACACAGUUGAGACUCCAGAAACCAACGGUGUUACAACUACGUACACACCAUGGACUGGUACAUACACUUCCACUAUUGGCACUACUGUAGUUACUACUACUGGUACUGAUGGCAAACCAACCACCUCUACCACCUACACAGUUGAGACUCCAGAAACCAACGGUGUCAGAACUACCUAUACUCCAUGGACUGGUACCUACACAUCUACUAUUGGCACUACUGUAGUUACAACUACUGGUACUGAUGGCAAACCAACCACCUCUACCACCUACACAGUUGAGACUCCAGAAACCAACGGUGUUACCACCACUUAUGUUCCAUGGACUGGUACAAUUACUUCCACUAUUGGCACUACUGUAGUUACAACUACUGGUACUGAUGGUAAGCCAACCACCUCUACCACUUACACAGUUGAGACUCCAGAAACCAACGGUGUUACCACCACUUAUGUUCCAUGGACUGGUACAAUUACUUCCACUAUUGGCACUACUGUAGUUACAACUACUGGUACUGAUGGCAAACCAACCACCUCUACCACCUACACAGUUGAGACUCCAGAAACCAACGGUGUUACAACUACGUACACACCAUGGACUGGUACAUACACUUCCACUAUUGGUACUACUGUAGUUACAACUACUGGUACUGAUGGCAAACCAACCACCUCUACCACCUACACAGUUGAGACUCCAGAAUUUAAUGGUGUUAGUACCACUUAUACUUUUUGGACUGGUUCAUUUACCUCAACUUAUUUAAUUACUAUAUUUACUACCACUGGCUCUAAUGGAUUGUCUACCACUUCCACUAUCAUUUACGUUGAAACACCAGGAUUUGGUUAUUUCAAUACUACUAGCUCUAAAUCAUCUCCAUUGACUACUAUUCCAGGUACUACCUUUACUUCUGAAACUGUUUCUCCAGUUAAUCCAACUACUGAGACACCUGGAUUGCCUUCUAGUGUUACAAGAACUACUGUGAUUGUUACAUCUGGCAGAACCAUAACCUCGACUAUUGUCACAUGCGAUGCUACUACCACCACUGUUCCAAACAAUAGCAACAACAAUAAUGGUGGUUCUAACAAUUCCGGUUCCGAGGUUUAUUCCGUUAGUUCUGAGACUUCCAAUACACCAGUUACUGUUACUAAGACUAGUGUAUUCACUACAUCUGGAAGUACCAUUACUGCUACUAUCACCUCUACUAUUGUUCCAAAUAACAACAACAACAAUGGUGGAUCUGGUAGUUCCGAAACUGGUAAUACACCAGUUACUGUUACCAAGACUAGCGUGUACACUACAUCUGGUAGCACCAUUACUGCUACUAUCACCUCUACUAUUGUUCCAAAUAACAACAACAACAAUGGUGGAUCUGGUAGUUCCGAAACUGCUAAUACACCAGUUACUGUUACUAAGACUAGUGUGUACACUACAUCUGGUAGCACCAUUACUGCUACUAUCACCUCUACUAUUGUUCCAAAUAACAACAACAACAAUGGUGGAUCUGGUAGUUCCGAAACUGGUAAUACACCAGUUACUGUUACCAAGACUAGCGUGUACACUACAUCUGGUAGCACCAUUACUGCUACUAUCACCUCUACUAUUGUUCCAAAUAACAACAACAACAAUGGUGGAUCUGGUAGUUCCGAAACUGGUAAUACACCAGUUACUGUUACUAAGACUAGUGUGUUUACCACAUCUGGUAGUACCAUUACUGCCACUAUCACCUCUACUAUUGUUCCAAACAACAACAACAACAACGGUGGAUCUGGUAGUUCCGAAACUGCUAAUACACCAGUUACUGUUACUAAGACUAGUGUGUACACUACAUCUGGUAGCACCAUUACUGCUACUAUCACCUCUACUAUUGUUCCAAAUAACAACAACAACAAUGGUGGAUCUGGUAGUUCCGAAACUGGUAAUACACCAGUUACUGUUACCAAGACUAGCGUGUACACUACAUCAGGUAGUACCAUCACAUCUGUUAUUACAUCUACUAUUGUUCCAAACAAUAAUAAUGAAAACGGAUCAGGUUCUCCAGGCAAUGCUAGUGAAUAUUUCGAGACUAUUUCUUCUGGUUCUGUUUAUACCACUGUUACCAAGAGUGCCAAUGGUAACUCUGGUAAUUCCGACAAUGUUAUUACCAAGACCACAUCUGGUAGCAAAGUUAUUACUACUACUAUUCAAUCAGAAACUGUUUCUAGUACAACUGGUAUUGAAGUUCAAAGUAUUCAAUCUCAACCAGGAUCUAGUGGAUUAAUUUCUAUUUACCAAGCUGGUGCUGUUUCAAACAGAAUAUCGACUUUCAAGAUGUCCUUUACUUUAUUUGUUUUAUUUUUCAAUUUAUUUUAA